UCGCUCUGUGGCAGUGCCAUCGUCAGCAGUCAGCAUCGUCACCACAGCUUAAACCACAACUCAACAGGUUCCUUUUUCAUCGCUCUUCGUAGAACAACCUAGCUACGAUGAGAGACAAACCUGACGUAGCCAAGACGUCCUCUACAUGGGUCAGCCCAUCGCCAAGGAGGAGGAGACGUCCCCAAGCCAUGGAUAUCCCAGGAUGUGUGUGUGGCCGUGGAAGUGGGGUUGCAGGAUCCCUGAGUGGCAGUAUGGGUAUGAAUGCAGCAUGGCCAGAGGAGAAUGGAAUGUCUGCAAGUUCUUCCAUGUCUACAAGCCUUCUUACUAAGACAAAACCUUUUCCUAUCAGAGGAGAGCGUGCCAAUUAUGUCAACACACCACAUGUCAUUGUUAUGGUGGGUCUGCCUGCAAGAGGAAAAACCUACAUGGCUAAAAAGCUGACAAGGUACCUCAACUGGAUUGGCAUAAAAACAAAAGUGUUCAACUUGGGCGAGUACCGUCGACGUGCCACCCACAUGUACAAGAACCAUAACUUCUUCCGUACGGACAAUGAGGAAGCAAUGGCUCUCAGGGAACGGUGCGCAAUGGAUGCCCUGGACGAUGUUUGUGACUGGCUUGAUAAUAGUGGGGGAGAAGUUGCUGUCUUUGAUGCUACGAAUACAACAAUGCAUCGCCGGCGAUUAAUAUACAAUAUCAUUGUGGAGAAAAUGGAGUACAAGCUGUUCUAUGUAGAGUCGAUUUGUGACGACCCAUCCAUCAUUGAGGCAAAUAUUAGGGAUGUGAAGAUCAACGGCCCAGACUAUCCAAGGUCGACACCUCAUAGUAGUAAAUCUCCUGGGCAUCCUUGCUCUCAAGAGGUAAAGGUAAACAGCCCAGACUAUCGUGGAAUGACAUCAGAGGAGGCACUUGAGGACUUCUUGCAGAGGAUUGAGCAUUAUAUGGAACAAUAUCAACCUCUUGAUGAAGCCUUGGAAGAUCACCUCUCCUUCAUGAAAGUCUAUAAUACAGGGCAGAAGGUGGUCGUUCACAAGCAUGAGGGACACAUCCAGGCACGUAUUGUGUAUUACUUGAUGAAUACUCAUGUCACUCCCAGAACCAUCUAUCUUGCACGACAUGGAGAAAGUGCUUACAACCAAUUGGGCAAGAUUGGAGGGGACUCUGACUUGAGUGAACGUGGGUGUAAAUUUGGAAAUGCCCUUGCAGAAUACAUUAAGGAACAGAAGAUACCUAAAUUACGGGUUUGGACCUCUUGGAUGAAGCGUACGAUUCAGACAGCAGAGGGCAUUGAUGCUCCUCAGGAAAGGUGGAAGGCACUGAAUGAAAUUGAUGCAGGAAUUUGUGAAGAGAUGACAUAUGCUGAAAUCAAAUCAAAGUUCCCAGAAGACUUUGCUGCUCGUGACCAGAAUAAAUUCAGCUACCGUUAUCCCCGAGGUGAGAGCUAUGAGGACUUGGUAGCACGUCUGGAACCUGUAAUUAUGGAGCUUGAACGCCAGGGAAAUGUCCUUCUGAUUGCACAUCAAGCAGUCCUGAGAUGUCUUCUUGCAUACUUCCUUGACAAACCUUCUGAUGAGCUGGCCUACAUUGAAGUUCCACUCCAUACAGUCAUCAAACUAACUCCUGUGGCCUAUGGAUGUGAGGUGGAAUAUAUCUCUCUAAACGUUGAGUGUGUCAACACCCAUCGUCCGAGGCCAGAGGUACCAGGAAGUCUGGAUCCAGACCUAUUCUUUGAAGUUGCAGACAUGGACACUUGAUGCUAAAAUCAGAUAGGGGACAUCUGCUGUAGGCAUCUUUAUUUUACUUUACUGCCAACCAAUCUUGUUUGCCAAACCUUUUGCUAACCUUACGGUGCUCACCACAGUUGCCUCCAUUGCUUGCAUUGAAAUUUUCCUUAUAGUUUUGUAGUUGUUGAUUGUCCCAUGUCCUCAAACACUGUUAUGAAAGAAUAUUUUGUGUAAAUGAAACUUUUGAUUUACGUAUACCCUGCAUAUGGUACUUACUAUAUUAAGUUUUUAGGUAAUGGGCAUAUAAAAUAUACAUAUCUGACCUCUUUGGUCCUUUUUUUUAUUUAAACUGAAAUAAGGAAAUAUGCCAGCUACCUUCUGGCAUAUUAAUGAGGUAAUAAAACCAAAGGAGUAUCUAUGGUGCAUUUGAUUAAUAUAACUCGGUAUCUACCUUUUUCCUUCUUUUGUUUUAUAGAAUUUGAGCUGUAUUCAAGUUCAGAAAGUAAAUGUGAUUUUUUUUUUCUUCUUCUUCUUCUUCUUCUUCUUCUUCUUCUUUUCUUCUUCUUCUUCUUCUCCAAAGAAUUGAUGUCUUACAGUUUAGAACUGUGUCUUCUCAUUAGGUUAACUUGUUUGCUGUGUUCUGUUGCCUUUAUUUUCUGAGUAAACAAGGUCCUUUUGGAUUUUGAGAUAAGAUUACAUAGGUUGUGAUGGUAUUCUAUUCCAAUUUCAUAUUUAUGGGAAGCAAAACAGUAAGGUUGUGAAUCUUAGUGGAGCUUAUAAGUGAGUCAAUCAUUAUUUAUAUUUGUGAUUGAUGUAUAUAAUGUAAUAUUGUGUACAUUAGCAAGAAAUUUGUUGAAAAAACAUACCUCAUGCCAAGAAGUCUGUAAUGAAAUAUUGAAAGUUUAGGUGAAAAUUGUUACUAGUCACUGGAAAAAAUACUUUUAUUUUAAUUUUUCCCUAAUGCUGGACAUAAAAGGAAAAUGCAUCUAAGAUUAAUUUUACUGAGCACAUCUAGUUAGUAUUAUGGAUAUUAAUAUGUAUUAAAUAAUGUCCCAGUCUCUUAUGCGUGCCUGUUAGAAUAAGUGUUGUUUUCAUCCCUAUUCAAAAUCUUAAGAUUGCCGCCCUUUUUCACAAAACAAAAACAAAAAGCAAGAAAAAAAGUACGACAUUUUCAAACCUUUAAUUCUUUUGUGCUUUAUCUUUGUGCAGUAAAGUAGAUUAUCUUUAGCCAGCAAGACAGCAGUUUUAGUAUGGAUUUUUUGUAGUCAACAUUACUGAGUCUUUACCUUAUAAUUUGCUUGUUUUUUGCUAUUGAAAAUAAUCAUUGCAUAUUUCUGUAUUAUGUCUAAAAACACAGGGUUGAUAUCUUAAAAAAAAAAAGAGAAAAAGGGUCAUGAAACAGUAAUUGUAAUAAGUGAGUGAUAAAACGAAAAUGAAAACAGUAAAAAAGCAGAGGUUCUAUUAGAAUAGCUAUAGUAUUUGGUAUACAUGUAGUCAUACCAGUUACAUGGAGAGAAUAUUAGAUACAAAUAUGAACUGGAAUGUGAAAGACCUUGAGGUUUUGUACUAAAUGGUGACUAUCCUGUGCUGUGUUGUCUACCUAAUUAUUAUUUAUAAAGAUCAGUAUAUUCAUUCUAGCACAUACAGUUAUGUUAGCUUUUUUUAAGAAAUGCUAAUAUGAGUAACCCAUUCACUGUUUGCUUUGGUAUGAAAAAAUGUUUAUGUUUCAUGUAUUUUAGUGUUUUAGACUAUGUUUUGAUCUUAUUCAUAUGAUUUAUAUGCAUAUCAUAAAGUAUGUUUUCAUGUAUUUAAUAUUGUUAUUUUUAUUUUUUUUCUAAAAUUAUAGUAGCCUGUGUUUAGUAAUUCAUUGUCAUCAUGGCAGUGAGUGGGUUAUGUUAUUUAUGUCUUUUUUUUUUCUUUCUUUCUUUCUUUCUUUUUUCUUUUUUUUAUUGCUCUUCAUUAGAAUUUCUUUUGUUAAGCUCUGUUUUAGGAGUUUCUGUCAGUUUUUAUUUUUUCUGUUUUCCUUUUCAAGUUCCAUCACAUAAUGUUAAGGGGCAUCUAUACAUUUCACACACCAUAAGACUGAUGAUGAAUUAGAAGAUCACAAAGCAGUUUUCUUCUCUUUUAAUUUUCUUUCUUUAUACAAAUUCUGUACUUGAGGUACAGUUUCAAAUUGGCUAGUAAAAUCUGUAAUAAGGCAUUUAUUACAAACUUCACCGCUACAUUCAUUCAUCUACAUGCACAAACACUCCUACAUACACAGUCAGCUGCGCGUGCACACGCACACGCACACGCACACGCACACGCACACGCACACGCACACGCACACGCACACGCACACGCACACGCACACGCACACACACACACACACACACACACACACACACACACACACACACACACACACACACACACACACACACACACACAUAUAUGCAUACCUGCACACAUACACAUUAAAUACAAGUCAUUACUAAACAUAAGUAGCUUGCUUGUUCUCAUAAGCUUUAUAGUUGUUUUUUGUAGAGUAGAAUAAUCCCAAAUAUGUAUCACUCUCCAGACCAUAAUAUAGCACGACAUUAGGAACUUGUACAGAGUAAAUGUUACAUAUAGCAGCUAUGACUCUAGUUAUAUUCUUUAAAACAAUACAAUAUUUUGGGGAUGUUGACUACCAUUACUAUUGUCUUGUGUGUGACCCAGGACCACCAAAUGAGUCAGAAGUUGCAAAUGACAUUUCUUGACUCAGUAGAGCAUCAGCUUUCUUAUGGAAGUGAAUAACUGAGUGGUUCCAUAGUUACCAUGCCUCAUAGGAAAUGUAAAAAGUAUAGGGAUUCUGGAAGUCAGUCUUGAGACAGAGAAAGUCAGAUUUUAAUUGUACUGUUAGAAUAAUGCAAAAUGGAAACAUCUUUGCAGUGUAUGCUUACAGUUGGCUUAGAGAUUUGAAGAUAUGGUAAUAAGCAAUGAGAAGUUAUUAUCAAAGCUAUCAGCAAAUAUUACAGUUUUGUAGUUAUAUGUAGUGAUGAACAGAAUUUAAAAAUAUAAAUUUUAAACAUAGAAUAUCAUAUGAAACUUUAACCCAAUGUACGUGGUCUUUUUCGGCAGCCGUGUGGUCCUCCAAAUGGGUAUAUUUGUAUUUGCCACAUCUGUAGGAAUGCCACCCGCAGCAUGGGUGCUACAUGGCAUGAUAGUAGAUGCCACCUGCAAACAAGGGUUUAAAGGAUACAAUAAUGUGCACAACUAAAUACCAGUAUUUGCUAAAUUGAGAAAGUGUCCAUAGAGUUGUUUGUUACCUUUGCCACACAAUGGAACCGUACAUCUUCUGAAUCAGUUGGUGGUGUAGGUCAUAUUUGCUAGUGUAUGUAAAACUUCCUGUAUGAGGCAUUAUAUAUUUUAACCUGUCUGCUAGCUUUAUUGGGUAUUAUUAAUGAUUCCUACCACCUGCAUGUAUAUUUUAUUAAGAUGUGAUCAGAAAGGAUUGUUAGUGGAAGUUCUGUUAUUUACCUUUUGUUAUAUUCUAAGCAGCUUUAGUUAUCCUAUGAUUUACAUUAGGUACAGUAUUCAUAUUCAUUUUCAUUGCACUCUUUGGUCUUGCUUGUUGUUUAUUUUACUUGAUAAAUUUAUACUGUCAUCAGCUCUUUUGUAGGUAGAAGCAUAUUUGCAAAAAUGUAAUUUAUGAUGGAAAGAGAUUGUCCAACAAGCUGAAACAUUUUAAUAUUCAAUGUAUGGUUUUGAAGAGCAUUGAUAUAGUUAUUUUUUAAGUUAGUUAACUAAUUUAUUUAUUUUUUAAAGACCCUGGAAAAAGUAGUAUUUAAUUCACAUAGAGGAAAGAUGUAUUCCUGAAUUUCAGUGUAAGUUUAUAGUCUUGUAUAUAAAAAAAAAAAAAAAAAAAAAAAAAAAAAAGUUAUUAUUUUCUUUUACAAUCAAUAGUUUACAGUAAAAUUGUGGCUAUACUAAAAUAACUCUGAAAUUAUACCUUAGGAAUGUAGUAUGUGGGUGUCCUUAUUCCAGCGUGCAUCCCAGAGGCUUUUGAGCAUUGUGCAGUUAGUAUGCUUUUUUAAUUGAAAUCAUAUGGAUUGUUUUAUUUGAAUUAAUAACUUAGUGAAUAAAGCAACCUUUCCUUCUAUGUUUUUCUUCUUUGUAUUUCCAACUGUAGUGACCAGGGUAAUGUGUGAUAUUGCUGAUCGCCAGGCAGCUUCUGAUUGUAUUUCUGUGAGAAGAGCUUUUAUCACCAAUGAGAGCAAAACUGCUACCUUCCAUCUAUUAUGUCCUGAUAAUUCUAAUAUUCAAUACCCCAUAUUUUAUGAAUGUAGCUAGAUGGCACUAUAUUUUAUAUAUGUAUAUGAUUAUACAGUUGUUUAAUAAAAGUACCUAAUUCAUUACAUGUGAGAGAAAUAUUUGACUGUGUGUAAGGGUCUGGGUUUUGGAUGGUAAUGGUAUUUUCAGCUUAAAAGAUAAUGAGGUUGAUAAGUGUGUUCUGUGCUUUGUAUGAAAUCUUUACAUUUCUUUUCAGGGUUGUGUUACUUCUGGUCAGUUACAUAUGUACAUAAAUAGUGCAUAUAUUGUAACCUAGUAAUAGACUUUGUAUCCUUUUUUCAUAAAACUGAAUGUUACUAUUUUUUCAUUACCAAUGGAAAUUUUAGAUUUGGAGAAAUUAGAACUUUUGAGCAUUUGAUUUUUGGUGAAGUGAAGUGGGAAAGCAUUUUUUAUGUUUAAAUAUUUUAUGUACUAUAUUUUUUUCUCUAUGGUUGUGUUUUACAAGUCAAAACAGUAUAUAAAGAGAAACAUUGUUUAAGUCUCCCUAUACCUGUGUUUAAUGUCCUUUUUACUAUUAAUUAGUUUUUGAUAUUCAUGAUGGUGUACAGGUUAAGUAAAUUGAUGAAAGUUAACCAACAUGGAAAAGGGAAAGGAAAUUAAAUGUUAAUUUCAUUUAAUAUAGAAUUUACAAAAAAAAAUUCUGCAUUUUUAUCUUCAAUAUUUUAAGGUACUUUUUUCUAUAAACAGUAAAAUCCAUAGCUGAACUCAUCUAUUCUUUUUGGAUAAUAUAGGACAUUUAAUUAAAAACUGAAAUGAAUUGUAAUUCCAAUGAAGCUAAAAAAUUCAAUUCUUGAUUUUCCAAGGAAUAUGUACUUCAUAAAUACAGAAAUGGAAAAGUUCCACAAACUUUAUGAAAUGGUUAUUCAAUUACUUAAGGAAAUGUAAAAUUGAGAUUUACCAAAAAGCCAAACAUUUAUUUUGCUUCCUGUUUCCAAUUUUUUUUUAUUAAACAAAACAAAAAGUAUUGGUAUUUUACCUUUACAUUUUCCCUGUAGAAAUGUAUAGAAAAAUAUGUUUUAUAUAAAAAAGGUCUUGAUUUAAUUCUUGUGUCUAUCAAGGGGCCAAUAAAUCAGUCAAGGGCAGGUUUAGGCCUACAAUGUUUUGCAAAUCUUCAUGUUAUGAAUUUUUAGACAAUACACUAUGUAUACCCUUGCAGUGCUGUACACAUGCACAUAAUGCACUUGUAAAAUUAAUUAUUACAUUUAAAAUAUUGUGGAAACAUUCAUUAAUGUCUUCAACAUCAGAUAAUCAUAAAAUAUAAGUUUCUAGUAUUUUCUUAUUGUGAGCACCUGCUAAAGACUUAAGUAAUUUUUAUCUUGAGAAAUUAUUUGCCUCUUUUUGUUAUGUAAACCAUCAUGCCUCGUAUUUGCCUUUGCAGUUCUAACCAAACAAAAUAAAGUGAGAAACUAAUAUUGAUGCUAAAUGCCUCCAAAGAUCUUUCCAAUUAGGAUUACAGUGUUAUUUUAUUUAUUUGAAGUAAUGUUAGAGUCAUAUAAACAAGAACAUAUUUGUAUAUAUUUUAUGUAUCCUUUGUUAACUGAUCAGCUUAAGAAAUAAUAAGUAAUUGCUGGCAGGCUGAGUACCUCCCAUUGUCUGAAUACACGGUAGAAUAAAUGCAUCAUUAUUUAUCAAGUAACAAAUUUAAGCCAAAUCCAACGGGAAUGGCAUGUACGUACAUGCCAUGCCCACUGUGAAUUUAUUUUAUUAAUUGUUUAUACACAUAGAUGGCUACGCUUGUACUAAGUCACCAAUGAGCCAAUUACAAGUACUGCUUGUCUUGCCUGUUUAGCCUUUUCCUUGAUUUGUGUAAAUAUUUUUUGUUAUCUUAUGCUGUUACUAACGUCCAUAACAUUAUAGUAAUUAUAAUGUCUAUAAUAAAAAUAACACCAUUGAUAUUCAUAGCACAAGUAAAAAAAAGGCUUACCCACUAAUUCAUGGAAAAGUGAAAUCAGGUAAUGUCACAAGGUCUACUAAUUGACUCCUUUGUGGCAAAGCACUAGCAGAGCCAUCUGUGUGCAGACAUUUCACAAAA